AUGGCUGGUGAGGUUCUGUCAGCCUUCCUGCAAGUCUUGUUUCAGACGGCCUUUAACUUGUUGCAAGAGGAGCUGAAAUUGGAGCACGAACUCGAAGGAAAACACAAGAAACUGCACAACAAUGUCUCCAUGAUUAAAGCUGUCAUAAAUAAGGCUGAAGAAAAGGCGCACGGCGAUGAACCACUGAAAUUGUGGCUAGAGAAUCUGAGGAAAGUCGGCUACGAUGCAGUCGAUGUGCUGGAUGAGCUUUCUUACGAGGCUCAACGGCAGCAACUGAUCUCCUUGUCAGAGGUACGUGAUUCCUUCUCCAUGGUGAAUCCAAAACGUUCCAUCCUUCGGCACAUCAUAUCUCGUAAGAUACAAGAUAUAUCUGAGAGGCUCGAUAAUCUCGGGAAGGAGGUGGUGACCUUUAAUAUAAGAGUUGGGGAUGCAUCAAGGCACCCAGAAGAGAGUGAUGUGCUUCCGAUGACCACCUCACUCCAUCCACCAGUCGUGCUAGGGAGGGAGAUCGAUAAGCACAGAAUUUUGAAAAUGCUACUACAAGCUGAUAGGAUGCAUAAGAAAAGCAUAUCUGUGAUCCCCAUACUCGGAAUGUGUGGUGUUGGGAAGACCACCCUCGUCCAGCUUGUCUCCAACGAUGACGUUGUGAUGAAGCAUUUCGAGCUGAGAUUGUGGGUUGAUGUCUCACAUGAUUUCAGUGUAAGAAGGCUCACCAAAGCUAUCAUCGAAUCCACAGGUAGCUCUGCAGUUGAUCACAUCAACAUGGACAAUCUUCAGAAGCAACUUCUUAAUAAGAUCAGUGGCAGAAGGUAUCUGCUUGUCUUGGAUAAUGUCUGGAAUGAAAACCCAGAAAAAUGGCGUAACCUUAGACUGCCCUUACUCCAUGGUGCUGAAGGGAGUAAGAUAUUGGUGACCACAAGAAGUGAAGAAGUUGCAAAAUUCAUGGGCACAACAUCGCCCUAUGUCUUGAAAGGCUUAUCCGACGAGAACUGCUGGAAUUUGUUCUCAAUAAGUAUUGCCAAUCAGUUGCUUGGAGUGAGUGAUAGAAGUGAGUGGAGAUCCAUCAUAAGGAGGGAGAUAGAGGAAUUCUCUGGACGUGACAGUGAAUUCCAAAAGGCCUUCAGCUUGAGCUAUCAGCAAUUGCCACCACAUCUUAAGCCAUGCUUUGCAUACUGUUCCAUAAUUCCAGAAGGGUGCGAGUUCGAGAAGGAAUUCAUUGUCGAAUUGUGGAUGGCACAGAACUUCAUCCAGCCUAAAGGAAAAUCUGCUGAAGACUUAGGCAGUCAUUACUUUGAUAUCUUAGUGCAGAGGUCAUUCUUUGGGUGCUCCCAGUCCGACUAUAAAAGAGCUAAAGAAUGUUCUACCAUGGAAAUUGGCAAGCCAUGCAAGGUUGAGCCUGAAACUCGACAUUUGUCAUUGACUUUAAGCCAGUUGGAGCCAAAUGACAAAAUGAAAUCAAAUUCACCUGCUCAAACUGAUAUCUUUUCUGAAAUAUAUCAAUGUAAGGGCUUGUAUACAGUUCUACUUUUCGGUGGUUCCAGAAAGUAUAGUCUAAAGGUCCCUGACAGACUUGGAGAAGAACUUAAAAGCCUCCGUACUUUGGAUUUGAGCAACUGUGACCUAAAGGAGUUACCCAAAUCAAUUGGUGAGUUGAAGCACCUUCGCUGCCUUCGGCUUCACAAUACAAAACUAUCAAGUCUCCCUGAAUCACUAGGUCGUCUGUACAAUCUCCAGACAUUGGGACUCAGAAAUUGUUAUUCUCUUGAGGAGCUGCCAUCAGAUAUAAAAAAUCUUCGUAACCUUCGCCAUCUUGAUCUUCAUCUCGAUGAUAAUUCAGUGGAAGCAAUGUGUAUAUUGAAAUCGAUGCCACCACAUAUAGGACUGUUAACCAAUCUUCAAACAUUAUCAAGAUUUGUAGUAAGCACAAAGGCUGGUUGUGGGUUAGGAGAACUGAAAUACUUGAACAGUCUCCAUGGGGAACUUAUCCUCUCAAAUCUUCAUCUCGUUCGAAAUCCAUUAGAAGCCAGGAAGGCAAACUUGACAAACAAGAAUUCCAUUCAGAGUUUGCAGUUGCAAUGGAAUAUCGGUACAUCAGCUUCUGAACAUGUUGGAUAUGAUGAAAGCAUUCUAGCAACUCUCCAACCUCAUACAAACCUUAAGGAGCUGAGGAUAAUAGGCUACAGAGCCCGAUCAUUUCCAUCUUGGUUAGGUGACUCUGCUUUCACCAAUCUUGAAUCACUACAUCUCUCCAGCUGCAAUCAAUGUAAAUAUCUUCCCCCACUUGGCAAAUUGCCCAAGCUGCGAGAACUCCAUAUAAAAGGAAUGGAAAGUGUGGCAGUCAUGGAUCAUGAAUUCUGUGGCAAGGAACAUGGCAAAUUCCCCAAAUUGGAGAAGCUGGUUUUUGAGAACAUAGGCAGUUUACAGAUCUGGGAUGAACAUAAACUUCGUUUGCUGUCAAUGCAAGAGAAAGAAAGUUGCCCGAGAUUGUGUGGUAUACCAAGAUUUCAAUCACUCACAUCCUUAGAGAUGUCAAGCUGUGGUGACUGGAUUUGGCACUCAUGGCCGUGUCUUACUUCCCUAACUUUGCUUCGUCUCAGCAGGUUACCAAUAAAAACUCUGCCAUCAGAAGCAGGCCGUCCACAUGCUACCUUACGCAGCUUAAAGAUCAGUUACUGCAAUCAACUGAUAUCUUUGCCAGAUAAUUGGCUGCCAAAUGGGCUUGUUUGUUUUAGUAUUAAGCACUGUCCUAGGCUUUAUUCUCUUCCAACAGGCCUAGAAAAUCUCAAAGCACUAGAAGACUUGAAAAUUCAACAUUGUGGCCUAGGGUACCUCCCAGAGCUCAAGAACCUGACCUCGCUAGUUCACAUGGAGAUCUCAGGCUGCCAUAAAGUGCACCGUCUUCCAAGGAAUGGUCUGCCUAUCACACUACAGUUCUUGAGCAUCAAUAAUUGCCCUGAGCUCAAGAAACGAUGCCAAGCUGAGAGAGGUGAAGAUUGGCCCAAAAUUAGAAAUAUCUUCUCUGUGUGGAUGGAUGAAAAACUAGUUAGUCGCAGAAACUAGCUCUAAAGUGCUAACCAUGCAGACAAGAUGCGAUAUGAAGAGUAAACAUCUGCUCAAUUCUGGAUGGGGUUUACCUAUUUGGGAGGAUGCUGCAAUUGAUGUUCUUAUCCUUCCUGCUGGGUGGUGAUUCUGCGAUGCUGAUAUUGCAGGGGUGUUUAAUGACAAAAGCCAAGAUGUUGCUGCCCAGCAUGAUUCAUUCUUGAGCGAAAAAAUGAAAACUAAAAACUAAAAACUAAACACAAAAAACAAAAAUAAUCCACGUGCUAAUGCAAAGAGUGAGAAGGAGAGGCUACCACCAGCUCAAUAUUGUACAUGCUUCUCGGUGUUGAUAAGUUACAGCUUUCUAAGUGGGCAUGUAAUAACAUACGCCUAUAAUUACUUUGUUUGUUUUCUAUAUUGUUGCUGAAUUAUGGCGAA